AUGUCUUCUGAAGAAAGUAUUACCUUAUCUUCAUGUUCAUCUACAUCAACAGCAUACUCUGAACAAAUUCAAUUAGUAAUUGCAGAGACAGACAUUUUUGGAUUCUUUGCAUUUGAAGUUGACCCAUUAUUCCUUGUUGCACAAUACCUCCAAACCGAGUCAGAUUUUAUCAACUUUAUUCAAAUAUCUAAACGAUUUCAAAUUGUCCUCAGUUAUUUUCAAUCAAAUCCAAUUUCAGUUAAAUCACUUCGUUUAUUUCCACAAAUAAAAACCCAAUAUCUCUUUAACAAGAACGACAAAAAAAUUAAAGAAGUUUCUAAUUAUGUUUAUCGUUGUCUAUUAACACAUACAGAAGCUAAAAAAAUGAAUAGUUCUAAUGUUUCUUUUAAGAGAGUUGUUUUCAAAAAAGAUAAAAAUGAAAAGAAACAUCAUAUUCCUAAAUUAACUACUGACCUUGCUGAUUGUUGUUUUAAUAAAAGUAUUUAUCUUAAAAGUAUUUUAAUUCCUUCAACAGUAACUUCGCUUGGAUCAGACUGUUUCGCGGAUUGUUCUUCAUUAAGCAAGUUAGUCUUAUGUUCUUCAUUGAUUCAUCUUGGUAUUUCUAGUUUUGAAAAUUGUAAAUCUUUAAGACACGUUGUACUCCCUUUAUUAAUAAAAGUAAUACCAGAUAAUUGUUUUAAAGAAUGCACUCAGUUAAAGGAUAUUGUUCUUCCUUCUUGUAUAACUCGAAUUGGACAUUCUUCUUUUGAAAAUUGUUUGUCAUUAACUGAAAUUAUUAACACUUCAAACAUUAUUGAAUUGGGUCAAGAAGCAUUUAAAGGAUGUCACUCUUUGAAACAAUUACAUUUUUCAUCUUCUCUAAAUUAUAUUGGUGUGUCUUGUUUUGAUGGUUGUGACUCAAUUAAAAUCAACCCACCACUUCUAAGUUCAUUAAAAUGUAUUACUAAUAAACAAAGUUUGGAUAAUAAAACUCCUUCCUCUAAACAUGUUGUAUUAACUCCUGAUGACUGCAUUGAAAUAAUAGAAGAAAUUCCAUCAACAAUAAAUGUUAUUGGAAGGAAUGCAUUUAAAUAUAUUAUGCCAUGCCAAAUUGUUUUACCAAAUAGCAUUACUCGAAUUGAAUCUAAUGCGUGUAAUCAAUGUACCCUUUUAACUUCAAUAAUUUUUUCAACAUCAUUAAAAAUCAUAGAGUCUCGAGCAUUUAUGGGGUGUUCUCAUUUAAAAUCUAUUUCACUUCCAGCUUCUAUAGAAUCGAUUGGAGAUGAAGCAUUUAAUGAUUGUUAUGAAUUAAGUUCAGUUGUAAUAGAAGGUUCUCCAUGUAUUGGAUAUCAUGCUUUUUCUCAUUGUAAUGAACUUCAAACUAUUUCUAUUCCACCAUUCUCUAAUCAAAAUACUAAUGAUAUCUUUUUUGGUAUUAAAAUACCUUCAAAACCUUGUUGUCUUGUUUAG